AUGAUGAAAGUGUCUACAAUUUAACUCAAGAUAAUGAAAAUGUCUACAAUUUAACUCAAGAUAAUGAAAGUAUCUAUGAUUUAACUCAAGAUAGUGAAAGUUCAUAUGAUCUAAGUCAAGAUAAUGAAAAUGUUUAUGAACCAACUCAAGACAGCGAUUUAAUUUAA